UGAUGUGAAAUGAAAAUCAAACAAGAUAAGAAGAACAACCAACAAACAAACCAUCUAUCAUAAUCUCAUGAACCCUGAAUUUUCUAGGUCAGAACAACAACCUGAGUGACAGAGAGAAUAACCAUAGCAACAAAAAUGUCAAAUUCAACUUCCUCUGUAAACACAGCAUUUUAUAUCACUACUAGACCAAAAUCAAACCCACAUUUCAAUUCUACAUCAUCCAGAUUCAUUACAUUUACUUCUCCAAAUCAUCAUACGAAUAAGCCUUGGAAUUCAUGGCGUUCAAGAAGAAAAUCUUUCUCUCAUGUGAAAAAUGUCGCUACUGAUCAACAAUCAGUAGCUGCUGCUGAACAAGAAGAACAAGGUGUAAUCUUGCGGCGUGUUUCAAAGUCGAUAGCAUCAAAUAUAAAAUACCAUGCAGAAUUUAGUCCAUCAUUCUCUCCAGAGAUAUUUGAUCUUCCUAAGGCUUACACUGCAACUGCUCAAAGUGUUAGGGAUGAAAUAAUUUCUAAUUGGAAUGCUACAUAUGAUUGUUAUGAAAAGACCAAUAUGAAACAAGCUUACUACUUGUCCAUGGAGUUUCUGCAGGGGAGAGCAUUGUUGAAUGCAAUUGGUAAUCUGGAGCUCUCUGGUGAGUAUGCCGAAGCUUUGAGCAAGCUGGGACACAAUCUAGAGGAUGUUGCUAGGCAGGAACCAGAUGCAGCACUUGGAAAUGGGGGUCUAGGGCGAUUAGCUUCCUGUUUCUUGGACUCCUUGGCAACAUUGAAUUACCCUGCAUGGGGUUAUGGACUUAGAUACAAAUAUGGAUUAUUCAAACAAAAUAUUACCACAGAUGGUCAAGAGGAAGUUGCUGAAGGUUGGCUUGAAAUGGGCCAUCCAUGGGAAAUUGUAAGAAAUGAUGUAUCGUAUAAUGUUAAAUUCUAUGGAAAAAUUGCUAUGGGAUCAGAUGGAAAAAAACACUGGGUUGGAGGAGAAACUAUCAGGGCUUUUGCCUAUGAUGUCCCAAUACCAGGAUAUAAAACCAAAACCACUAUCAACCUUCGGCUGUGGUCCACCAGAGUAACUUCAGAAGGAUUCGAUUUGGAUGCUUUUAACUCUGGAGAUCAUGUUAAGGCAUUUGAAGCCCAAGCAAAUGCUGAAAAGAUAUGCUAUGUAUUGUACCCUGGGGACGAAUCAAUGGAAGGAAAAACUCUCCGUUUGAAGCAACAAUACACUCUAUGCUCAGCCUCUCUACAAGACAUUGUUGCGCGCUUUGAAAGGAGGUCAGGAAGUUCUAUAAACUGGGAGGAUUUCCCAGAAAAAGUUGCAGUACAGAUGAAUGAUACACACCCGACCCUCUGUAUCCCAGAGUUAUUGAGAAUACUGAUUGACGUAAAGGGUUUAAGCUGGGAGAAGGCUUGGAACAUCACUCAAAGAACUGUUGCAUAUACGAACCACACAGUUCUACCUGAGCUUCUGGAGAAAUGGAGUUUGGAUCUUAUGCAGAAACUGCUUCCUCGACAUGUUGAGAUCAUAGAAUUGGUUGAAACCGAGCUGCUUUCUACAAUUGUUUCGGAGUACGGGGUAGAAGAUCUCGAGCUGCUGGAGAAAAAAAUUCAAGCAAUGAGGAUCUUGGACAAUGUUGAGUUACCUGCAACAAUUAAAGAAGUAUUUGCCAAGUCAGAAGUUUCAGCUGCCGACACUGAUAUAAACGAAAUUUUGGUGAAAUUAGAUGGAAUAUCUAACAAGGUUGAGCCCAAGGAUAAAAAAAAGAACUCCAAAGACAAAAGUUCUACUAAGAAAAAAACCUUCUUCAAACCAGAUCCGAAACAACCAAAGUUGGUCCGAAUGGCAAAUCUUUCUAUUGCUGGUGGCCAUGCUGUAAAUGGGGUGGCUGCAAUUCACAGUGAAAUUGUGAAAGAGGAAGUCUUUAACGACUUCUACAAGAUGUGGCCUGAUAAAUUUCAAAAUAAAACAAAUGGUGUGACACCAAGAAGAUGGAUCCGCUUUUGCAAUCCAGAUUUAAGUAACAUUAUAACCAAAUGGACUGGCACUGAAAGCUGGGUACUAGACACUGAGAAGCUGGCCGAGCUCCGAAAGUUUGCGGAUAAUGAGGAUCUUCAAGCUGAGUGGAGGGCUGCAAAAAGGAGCAAUAAGAUUAAAGCUGUAUCAUACAUAAAGGAAAAAACAGGAUAUUCUGUGAGCCCUGACGCGAUGUUUGAUGUUCAGGUAAAACGAAUCCAUGAGUACAAGCGGCAACUUUUGAAUAUCCUUGGAAUUGUUUACCGGUAUAAGAAGAUGAAAGAAAUGAGUGCUAAAGAAAGGAAAGAAAAAUUUGCUCCCCGUGUAUGUAUAUUUGGAGGGAAAGCAUUCGCUACAUAUGUACAAGCUAAAAGGAUUGUGAAAUUCAUCGUAGACGUUGGAGCUACAAUAAAUCGUGAUUCUGAAAUAGGAGAUCUUUUGAAGGUCAUAUUUGUUCCUGAUUAUAAUGUUAGUGUUGCCGAAAUGCUAAUUCCUGCCACUGAACUAUCACAGCACAUCAGUACUGCCGGUAUGGAAGCAAGUGGAACCAGCAAUAUGAAAUUCUCGAUGAACGGAUGUGUGCUGAUUGGGACCCUAGAUGGUGCCAAUGUUGAAAUUAGGGAAGAGGUAGGAGAUGACAAUUUUUUCCUCUUUGGAGCCGAGGCUCACGAAAUUACAAUGCUACGGAAAGAAAGAACCGAUGGAAAGUUCGUCCCAGACCCACGAUUUCAAGAAGUGAAGGCAUAUAUCAGAAGUGGUGUUUUUGGAUCCAACAACUAUGAUGAACUGAUGGGAUCCUUGGAAGGGAACGAAGGUUACGGCCGUGCAGAUUAUUUUCUCGUUGGGAAGGACUUUCCUAGUUACAUCGAAUGCCAGGAUAAAGUUGACGAGGCGUAUAAAGACCAAAAGAAAUGGACAAGAAUGUCAAUCAUGAAUACGGUUGGGUCUUACAAGUUCAGUAGUGACAGAACAAUUCGUGAAUGUGCAAAGGAUAUAUGGAACAUUGAACCUAUUGAAUUGCCAUAGCAUUCUGUAGUAUUACAGUGCAAAGAAUGGCUCAUAUCAUUUAGGAAAUGAUCGGUCUCAUCAGUGUACAAACAACAGUUAGCAUGAUGCAGUGCAAUAAGAGAUCUAACUCCUCAGUUAAGAAGUUAGAAUAUGUGUCAAUUUUGUUUUCAUAUUGAAUUCUAUCUCUUUUAAAUCAAAUGUUCCCUUGCUGAGGUUUAACGAUAAUUCAAGUUGUUGAGGUUUAAAUCAUCAUACUGUACUGACCACUUCUGUUUCCUGCAAUUUGCUCUGGAAAAUGAAUUCGCUUUCUCAUUA